CUCUCCUUCCCAGCCAGCCAGCCAGCUUCCCCCUUUUCUUUUCCCUCCUCUCUCCUCUCUCCUCUCUCCUCUCCUCUCCACCACCACCUUUUCGAUAUCCCCAUUAUACCCCUUCAGAUCCAUACCCUAAAAACCAAAAACUCCACCCACCUUCACCCUUUUCAUGACCUUCACAAGCUGCCACAACAAACCAACCUCUCACAUGAAACCCAUCAAUAACCCUUCACAUCUAGCUUUCUAAAAGCUACCUAGCUAGCUACCUAGCUCUCUUGUUUCCAGUAUUCACCCACGCGCAUCCACCAACAUGGCUUCAGAUCACGGCAGCAACAAGCCACCGCCAGGAGCAGCAACGACGACGUCGUCUCCAUCCCCAGCACGCCAAGCGACGUCGGAUCAGCAGCAGCAGCAGCAGCAGCAGUUGGGGGUGGUGAUCAAGUGCCCUCGCUGCGACUCCCCGAACACCAAGUUCUGCUACUACAAUAACUACAGCCUGAGCCAGCCCCGCCACUUCUGCAAGACCUGCCGCCGCUACUGGACCAAAGGCGGCGCCCUCCGCAACGUCCCAAUCGGCGGCGCCUCCCGCAAGUCCAAGAAGCAGCAGCAGCUCAAACCCUCCUCCUCCUCCUCCUCCUCCGCCGCCGCCACCACUUCUUCUUCCGAGAUCGGAGGUUUCAAAUUCUUCCACCAUCCCGCCGGAGGCCUCAACUCCCCUCCUCCUCCUCCUCAGAUGGACUUCAACCUCAAAGACCUCUCCCUCAUGCCCAAUUACAACCUCCACAAUCAAUUCUCUUUCGACGCCGCGGUUUCCGCUCCUACUCCUAGUCCUCCGUUGGGGUUCAGCCUGGAGCCUCCGACGAUGACGAUGAUGAUGAUGCGCGGGGGAGGAGCAGGCGGGUCGAUGAACGUCAACACGAGCUUGGCCUCGUCGAUCGAGUCGCUGAGCUGUAUGAAUCAGGAUCUCCACUGGAAGCUUCAGCAGCAGAGGUUGUCGACCCUUUUCGGAGACAACAACAAUGUCAAGGAUGGUGGUAAUGGUGGGGCCAUCGGGUUGCCACGUCAGCAUGAAGACGACCAGCGGGAGCCGGAGAAGCCGCAGCCCAUACUGUUUAGGGAUCUCGGGGAGAUUCGUAUGGACGGCGGUAAGCCGGAGGUUGUUGUUGUUGGUGGUGGCGGCGGGAAAGGAGAAGGAGAGGCGGCCACCGAGUGGUUCUUUGGCAACUCCUACGGCCAGGUGGUGGGGAGUGGUUCUGCGGCGGCGGCGGCGGCCAGCAACAACGGUGGUGCUAGCUGGAACGGCGGUGGUAAUGGUGGCGGAUUGCAGGCUUCUUGGGGGGAUUUGAACCCUUACGGCACCACUACUACUUCUUUACCCUAGUACGUAGCGUGAUGCAGCGUACGUUAUAGGUUUUAUUGUGAUGAUUGUGGUGAUCGAUGCAUGGUGUCAAUGUCUACGCAAAAAUUAGGUUGUGCAUGGAUGCCAUAGGGAAGAAGAAAAAGUUGGAGGAUUGUUGAGUAAUGGGGAGAGGAUCGAAUAUUUGAUUAACCCAAUUGAUCUUGAGUUUAUUUUUAGGGUAUGAAUAUGUAAUAUGCGCUUAUGUUGGUUGGAUAUGCAAGUGUUGAACAUCAUCAUCAUUCGACUUACCAAUCGAAAACUCUUAAAGUUUUUUUUUUUUUACGUACCCAAAGAAGUUCUGCAGUUACUGCAUUUCCUUCCCUUGUUAUCAUGAUUAGUGAAUUCAUCAAUAUUGUUAGUCCUACUUCCGGUUAAAUCCCAUCACAUGGUGUAUUUUCCCCCCAUAUAGAAAUUGGUUGUAGCUUUCGAUUGCCGAAAAUGAAAGCAGUACAAUUCA